AUGGGUCGCAAGCCGAACGCGUUGAUCCUCGAGUUCUUCGAGCGAGGCGCAAAAUUGGCCGACCAGAGCAACAGAUACGAACACAGCUGCAAGCGAUGCGGCCAGGUGGUGAGCAUGUCUUGUACGAGCUGUUAUGUGCUGUUACUGAUCAAGACANNGUUUCCGAAGGGCAGACCGGACAGCCUAACACGCCACUUGUUCGAGAAGUGCCCCAACAUCACCGACGAGGACCGCUCCCGUGCCUUGUGGCAGCCCGCCGACAACUACAUUGCCUCGAACAACUCGACCCCCCAAUCCGACGCAGACCUUCCCCUGAUGCCACGCCGCGAACCUUCAGGCCUGGAUGCCCUUGCCGAAGUCUCUCGCCAGCUCCAGGCCAACGGACAGCAUGAAGAGGCUCUGGUAGCCCAGCUGCGACAGCACAUGGACCAAGAGAACAAGGACAUGCACACGCCUAGUGUAGCUGCCGACAUGGCUCACCACAUGCCCACCAAGCCGAGAAAGCGUAGAGCCGAAUCAGAUGCUGCUCCACAGCGCCAACCUCCACACCCACCAGUCGAUCCACAACUCCAACACCAUGACGACUACUCGUCCUUUGUCAACAACUCUCUGGACGACUCCUCUGCUCAUCAGUCGCCUCAGCCUCCGUCUCAGCAAUCCCACCAACGCCACCAGUCGCAACAACCACAACAGCUACAUCAGCACCAUCAAUCACACCAACCUCUGCAUCAAUCCAUCCAACAACCAGCACAUAAUCCUGUGCAGCAACAAGCCUCAGACCACGCUCCGAACGACACACAACCCACUCAGACGCCUCCACAACAAGCACAAGAGGGCGCCACUCCGAACUACGAUGAACCACCAGCAUUCACUGUCAACCACGGUGGCUUCGGCCUGCUGCAACGCGCCAACAAGAACAAAGUGCGUGGCAGAUUUACCGAGGAGAGACGCAAAGAAGUCCAAACUGUGCGCAAGAAGGGUGCCUGCCUCCGCUGCCGCAUGUUGAAGAAGCCCUGCUCUGAAGGCACUCCCUGCGGCACCUGUCAGAACAUCGAGAGUGCAAGAUUGUGGAAGAAUGCCUGCAUCCGCUCGCGUAUCGCCGAGGAGUUUACACUCUACUCGUCUUCGCUCUUCCACGCGAAGGACCACCACACUGUCCUUACUGCGCUGCAGGGUGUCGAGCCCAUGCAACUGCCCGGAAGAAUCGAGGUUACUCUGUUUCCCGACACCAACAUCUAUGCCACUUUCCCUGCUCUCAUGACGCCUCCUACAGCUCCCUCACUCAUCUUCAUGCUCAACUAUAGACGCGAUCCAGACACGCUGGCCGCCACCUUGGAACGCUAUCUACACAUGGUCAUCAUGCAAUGCAUCUCACACGAGCCCUCGACCUUUAUGCGCUCCACCCUCGAGGUUGCCACUGAGCUUAGUGUUGACCACAAUGAUGUUCUUCUGGGGAAGCUCAUCAACCUUUGGGCUGCCACAAACAUCUUGAUUUCGAACGAACCCAUCUGGUCCAUCUUCUACGAACCCAACCAUCCGCCAGUCAUGGAAGCCGUUCACGGCGAGCACGCUGCGGAAGGCGCCUCUGCUUCUCAAGACAAGAGCCACUCUGACCGCAAGGCCUUCCCUCAGGACACCACCGACUAUCUUGUCAUCUACGCACAGUUGCAACAUGCUGCUGAGAGAUACUGUCAAAAACAAGCCAAGUUUGUCAUGAAUGAGCUGGAGCGCCGUCUCCUGCAACGCCAACAAUCGUCUUCCUUCCUCACCUUCCUUGCUGCUGUUAUCCUGCUAAACUGCGUUGAGCGUAUGACUGGCCUUUACAGAUCGUUCGAUCCUGCCGGACCUUCCUCAAACGAUGACAUUCAUGCUCAGCUCACCACAGCCAACGACAACAAUGAAGAAGCCUCUCAUCAGCCAGCUGCCUCACCAGGCGAAGUCUCGGACCGUCCUGUAGACUGGCUUCUGGAAGAAGCACCAGGUCAUUACUGGCCCCAAGGAGAUUCGUUCAGCAACCUCGUGCACCUACUCCUUCGCAUGCGAGGUCUCCCUCCUGCCACACUAGUCCGCCACACCGGCAGUCUGGUCGUCAUCCCAAGCACACACAACAAAGCUUACAGCUCCGAAACCCAAGGCCCUGCCGCCGAAUCCCAGCUGCAGCUGGCAGCAGCCUGGAUCGAGCGCACCAAUGUCUCGGCCUACGAUCUGCUCAGAGCAAAGGACAGACCUCUAACAGAACUCGGACCCGAUCCUAGAAGUUGGGAUCUAAGGUUUAUUGCUCCUUUGCUGUUGCCGCAGAGUGCUCAAUAA